AAUUUUCAAUGGCCAAACAACAAUCAUGCAAAUAUAAACAGAAGAUAAGCGGCAAUAGAAUAAAAAAUAAAUUGUUUUUAUUACUGCAAUGACGUUAAACUGCUAACUGUUGUACGGAUUGCAGCUGCUUAGAUUAAAAUUUAAACCGAAUUUGAUUGAAAGAAUCAGUUAUUAAAAAUUCGCAAGAUGUCAACUGCAAGUGUUCCAUUAUCCGCUCUGCGCAUGAAAUACAUGGAAAAGAAAGAAGCAUUUCUGGAGGAGAACAUAAAGGUAAAGGAACCCAUCAGUUUGUUCAAUGAAUGGAUGAGCCAGGCAGUGCAAACGGAAGGUAUUUUAGAACCAAAUGCGGCUUCAUUGGCUACAGUGAAUAGUAAAGGCUGUCCUUCCAAUCGUUUUGUUUUACUCAAAGAUGUGUCGCCUGCAGGAUUCACUUUUUUCACCAACUAUGGCAGCCGCAAGGCCAGCGACAUUGAAAACAAUAACAAUGUAGCCAUGACUCUUUAUUGGUGUCCAUUGCGUCGUUCAGUGCGUAUUGAGGGUACUGCUGAGAAAAUCCCUAAGGAAGAUUCCUUAAAGUAUUUUCAUGAAAGGCCAAGAGCCAGUCAAAUUGGCUCUUUAGCUUCGGAGCAAAGUUCUAGAAUACCUUCACGUCAGCAUUUGGAUCAAAUCGAAAAGAAACUCAAACAAGAUCUGGGAGAUGAUAAGGAGGUACCUCUGCCCAACUGGGGUGGUUACUUGAUACGGCCAAGGUUAAUUGAAUUCUGGCAAGGACAGACGGAUCGUUUACAUGAUCGCAUUGUAUUUAGAAAGCAUGCGGGUGUGGAGAAGGAAGUUGACAAUGUUUUAAUACAUCCUGCUGAAAAUGGUUGGGUUUAUGAACGCUUGGCUCCUUAAUUGCUAAUAAAGAAUUUAUGGCUGUAACCAAAAUGA